AUGAGGAUCGCUUCCAUCCUCUUGGUGGAUGAAAUGGGAGAUGAAUGUCUGGUAACUGUUAUGAUUAUUGUAAUUAAGAGGAGAAGCCAGAAGGAUCAGGCCCAUAGAGAUAGACAGGAGGCUAGAUUAUCAAGCACCAUGAGCAGUAAAUCAUUAUCACCAGUAUCAGCACUGGUAUCUGUAACAGUUAUUGGGCAUAACAGUACCAGUGUUAUGGAGAAUCUUCAUAACACUACAGCUGCAACACCAAAGGCUGGUGGUGUUCAUCACAGUUAUCAUCAUCAUGGAUUGGUCAGGAAGAUUAUAAAGAUUGCUACGGUGUGUGUUGCUGUUACUCUGGUUUCCCUUCUCUUCUAUAUCUGUGUCUUCCCCGGCGGUGGAUCUUAUUAUGAUCCUUUGUUCUCAGCUAAAUCUCAGGAUUCCUUGGAUGCAGUUCUGAGAAAUGCAUCCAUGAAGGACAAGACCAUAAUCGUCACAACACUGAAUGAUGCGUGGGCAGAACCCAACUCCAUAUUCGAUCUGUUUCUCGAGAGCUUUCGUAUCGGAAACAACACGAAAAGACUACUGAAGCAUCUGGUAGUGAUCUGCUUGGACCAAAAAGCAUACGCUCGUUGCGUGGCUCUUCACCCACAUUGCUACCAACUCUACACUGAAGGUGCCAACUUCACCAGCGAGGCAGCCUUCAUGUCUUCCGAUUACUUGCACAUGAUGUGGAGAAGAAUCCAGUUUUUGACUUUCAUUCUCGAAAAAGGAUACAGCUUUGUCUUCACGGACACUGACAUAAUGUGGCUUAGGGAUCCAUUCCCAAAAUUCUUCCCAGAUGCAGACUUCCAAAUUGCCUGUGACUAUUUCCAAGGCGAUUCUUACGAUGUGAACAACCUUCCCAACGGAGGAUUUACCUAUGUAAUCUCUAAUAAACGAACCACCAAAUUCUACAACUUUUGGUACUUCUCAAGGCAGGCUUAUCCAAACAACCACGACCAGGACGUCCUCAACAAGAUCAAAUCUGAUCCCUUCAUCACCACCAUCGGAUUGAAAAUGAGAUUCUUGGACACCAAGUACUUUGGCGGCUUCUGUCAACCCAGUAAAGAUCUUAACCUGGUUUGCACAAUGCAUGCUAAUUGCUGCGUUGGUCUCGAUAACAAAGUCAAUGACCUCAAAAUUCUGCUACAAGAUUGGAGAAACUACAUGGCACUGCCUCCUUCUUCAUCAUCUUCUUCUUCCUUGUCUUCCAGUAGUCCUAGUUCUAAUUCCACAACGACUCCAACAACUAUGCCCUCGUGGACAGUCCCACAGAACUGCAGGUAUACUUUUCUAUUCCUUAAUUCUGACUUCUCUUCCUUCAUUAUCUUAUGCAUUCUGCCAGUGUUUUCUCCAUUUCUAUAUUCACGUACAGUAACUCUCAUGAUCUCAUGGAUCAUGUGCUGCAAAUAAUUUACAAGAAAUUCAAAGCUUUU